ACGGCGGCGGCGGGCGGGAGGCAGCGGCCGGGAGGCAGCGGCUGCCCCGCCGCCGGGCUCCUUGAGGCUCCUCGGGCCGCCGCUGGCAAAAAUACCGAGUCUGGUCCAGGAUCCUGACGGGGUGAGGCUGCCACAGCUCCGUGUCCCGGGUCCAACCAGUAGCCAAAUGGAUUCCCAGCAGGCAUAUGCAUGCAGAGUGCACCCACGUCACACACGUGUGUACAUGCAUGGUCCUGUUUGAUGCUGGUCGGAGUGUUUGCAGAUGUUUUUUCACUGUAUAUUUCUCUCCUUUUCUGGAUGCCCAAUGUGAAGGUCAGGCUCUAAUCAGCAGAAGAUGAAAAAUUGGAUGCCUGCCUGUGAAGGAAAUGAACCCAGGAAGUAAUGUGAAGGGCCAUGUGAAGCUCUGUCAUAGCAGAAAUUUGCUAAAAGAUUGCUUUGCAUAGCUGAGCUUGGCAAAGCAAGGAUAUGAACAAUUAUACAGAUUUCUGUAGUUCCAGCGCGGGAGACUGCCAGCAAUGGGAGAAGUUCAAUGGGCAGAAACAAAGAGAAGAGCAAGGAAGUCGAGAAUUUCAGAAAUUGAGAAGGGAUAAGUGGAAGGAGAAAAUGUUGGGCUGGUGCCAAGCGAUAGCUCGUAACCCUCACAGACUUCCAAACAGCACAAGAACACCCGAGGUCUCAGGUGAUGCUUCACAUAACUCUACUUUGAAUGACAAAUCCCCAGGGCGUUCCACAAGUCGAUCAAGUAAUAUUUCAAAGGCAAGCAGCCCUACAACAGGAACAGCUCCCAGGAGUCAGUCACGAUUGUCUGUCUGCCCUUCCACUCAGGACAUUUGUAGAUCUACUGCCUUGCAUGAUUUGUCAGAAGAUGAGCUUGAACAUGCAACCCCUGUCAUGGUGCUGACCCCUUCUAAUAGGGAGUCUGGUAGGAAACAAGUAAAACGAAGGUUUAGGCGGAAAAGAGAGUCUGGAGACAAUGGUGAUCAUACAGAAAAGGGGAAAGACUGUAAAUUACAUCCCAAGGCUGCAAAAUCCAGCUGGAAUGCAUCUGAUUCGUCAUCAUCCUCAGAUGAGAGUCAGUGGGCUCAGGCUAGGAGGAGAGCAAGAGAAAAAGCCAGAAUGUCCAGGAGAGGGAGAAGGAUUAAGGGAUCAUGCAGUAACCAGGAUGGGUCCUCAAACAAUAAUGCUGUUGAACUUGUCACUCUGGGGACAAUGGGGAAAAAGAAGCAAGAGGUAUCUGACCCUGAAAAUCCUACUUUAAAUCAUCGCAGAAGAAGGGUUCCGAGGUUUAAGGAAUCACAGUCUUCAGUAUCAUCUCAGGAAGCAAAGAUCUCUUCAAGAAAAUGUGGAAAAAGCAAGGAGAAAAGCUACUGCAGAGAUCGGCAGCCUGCAUCUUCUUACCUUAGACGCAAUAAAGAUAUGAAGGACUCCUUUGCAGAGGCAGGCUCUGGCAGUGAUGCUCUGGCAGUCCCAGAUAAUGGAGCACCUGUUGGGGCAGGGCCCACUGUGACUGAUGCUGUUCAGAAGCCUCCAGUGUUGUAUGAUGACUGGUCUGAUGAUUUAGAAGUAUGCAGGAUCUGUCACUGUGAGGGAGAUGAUGAAAGUCCCCUCAUCACACCGUGUCGCUGCACAGGGACCCUACGCUUUGUUCAUCAGGCCUGCCUGCACCAGUGGAUUAAGAGCUCAGACACACGCUGUUGUGAACUCUGCAAGUACGACUUUAUAAUGGAGACCAAGCUCAAACCUCUUCGGAAGUGGGAGAAACUACAGAUGACGACAAGUGAGAGGAGGAAAAUAGUUUGUUCAGUCACAUUCCACGUAAUUGCAAUUACCUGUGUUGUUUGGUCAUUGUAUGUUUUAAUUGAUAGAACUGCUGAGGAAAUUAAACAAGGCAAUGAUAAUGGUGUCCUUGAAUGGCCGUUUUGGACAAAACUCGUGGUGGUGGCCAUUGGAUUCACGGGGGGCCUCGUCUUCAUGUACGUGCAGUGUAAGGUUUACGUUCAGCUGUGGCGCAGGUUGAAAGCCUACAACAGAGUGAUCUUUGUUCAGAACUGCCCAGACACCGCCAAAAAACUGGAGGAGAAGAACUCUUCGUGCACGCACAGCUCGGACGUCAAGGACGCAGUGGUGGUGCCAGUAGCACAGACAGGUACAAACUCUCAGCUGGCAGCUGAAGAAAUGACAUCCGAGGUGAUGCCAGUUUGACAGAGACAGCGUUGUUUCUUCCUUGCAGAAUAAGGCAUAGUGUUUUCUACACUACUAAUGCUGAAAGAGAGUAGAAAUGACUGUGCAUUUUUUCAGUUAAAAAACAAAAAAACACAAACCAAAACCCUAGAAGGAAAAAGGAUCCAGCAAAGCAACUUGUUACUGUAUGGAAUGUGACCAUUUGUGAAGUAGUUUCUCAGCUAGUCAGCAAGUGUUGUGAAAGUGGAAGUGUAGAAAGUGCAAUAGAGAACAGGUUUAACAGACAAUGCCAAACCAACGCGACAGCAUUACUUUUAAAAUUAUUAUUAUACAAAAAAAAAAAUGGAUGGCUGGGCAAGUAGACACAGACCUGCUAGAACCAUUUUGUUUACAGGAAACAAAACCAAACCGUUCAUCUAUUUACUACUAAAAGUUGUAUUUCCUAUUUAUCUUCUUAAAGACACACUUGAAAGGAGAACUGUUCAAGUGACACGCAUUAACUGAACCGAGGUAUAAAGAGCUGUGUCACAGCACCCACUCUGAGCCUCAUGAAGUGACAGAUGUCCGUGUGACUCCAGGGGAGCCUGAAUGUUUGGGCAGCUGUGUCAACUAAGGAUAUUUGAAACAUUUGAAGGGUAACACUGUUUUUCAAUAUGCCUGAAUUUUUUUAAAAAUAAGCAAUUCCAACCAGUAUAAACUCACGUCUCCAUAGGCUAUAGAUAUUUUUAACUAUAGCUGUCAGCAAAACAAGUAUGGGGAGGAGAAAAAUUGUAGAUAAUGCAUUUAAAAGAGCAGCUCAGCUGUUUAUUAUAUUCUGUAAGAGUGAAUUAGAUUUUUUUUCAUAAAUUGGAUAUACAAAGUUUUGAGGCAAAACUAUAAAUGAAAAAAUGCAGUUGACUGCAAAAUCACACAAAAGUAAAUUGCAUAUUAUCAAAUUCUGAAAGGAUGACACAGGGACAAUGGAAGGUAUUUUGGGUUUUAUUUUUUAUGAUUCAUGAUACAGACAGGUAGAGAGAAGAGAAUAUACUUAGAUAUCUUAAAAGGAUGGUAGUUUUUGUCUCCCUGUUCUGAAAAGUUAGUUUCUGUCUUCCUAACUAAGAAAAGUAAAUCAAUGGAUUCCCUCUGUACAGGUAAACUUGAGGUAUUAAAGAUUCAACAGCUCAGUUGUUAAUUUCAUGUUUUGAGCAUUCUCAUAUAAAAAUGAAGUGUGAAUAGCAUUAAAGAGUGCAAUAGAUGAAUGAAUGUAGAUAUAAUACUGUGUCCAACAGGCUGAAUUAUAUAAAGAACACAUUUUGUGAUUAGCUACUCAUAUCUAUGAUGUUUACCAUCAGGGGACGACAGCAGGUAUUGACUUGGAGUUAUGUGCUGGCUUGGACAAGUCUAGGGCCUGAACAUAAUAUAUAUUUAAAAAAAAAAAAGUGUAAAGUUCUUUUUUGGUCUUGUAUUUAGGUAAACAAGGAAAAGCAAACAAGCAAGUAAAGAACCAGAGUAAAGAGAGUAAUACGGCACAGGUUCAUUCAAAGGGGGAAUCUGCCAUUAAUUACCAGUGGACUAGCCUUCUACAGAAGCCUUGCAGUUUCUAAUGGUAAAUUUCCUCCUCACACGUUCAAACAUCUCCAGUUAAAUAAGUGAGUCAUCACAUCCUUCCAAAUACAAAGAGUGCUGGGCCUAAGAUGUAGUGGAGUUUAUCUAUUAGGUAUUUCUUUGUGAAUGUGUUUAAUGGUUUAAAGGCUCAGGGACUACUGGAAGUAGCAGUAUUAGAAGAAAAAAAGAAGUGUCUUUUUCAGAGCAUUUUAUUCCUCUGUUUUGGAAUUGCUCGUAUAAUUUGGUGGUGAGUGACUGUCAUUUGGCCAGACUGGACACAAAAUCUUGGUGCUUGAAUACACCUGAAAUACGUGUUAAUAUUCUAAGUUACUCCAGGUGAGUUGGACUGAUGUUCAAGCCGUUUCAAAUGAUGCCACUUGCUCUUCAUGUAAAAUAAUUUUCCAAUUAUCCAGUUGCAGAAUUGGAAAUGUAACAGCUUCUCAUUUGAAAACAGAUAUGUGAGAAACCAAAUCAUUUCUCUGUUUAUAAUUGUGGAGGAGACUUUACAAAGUCUUCAGAAAACCAUGACAGUACUAAGGAAUGCCUCAUAACUGCAUGUGUUUAAGAUAUUCUGCAAAGACAUCAUUUCUAAAAGUGUAAACCUAUUCACUAAAAAGUAAAUCUCAUUAUAGUUGAAGCAAGUUAGACACUUAAAAUUACUAGCUGCAUCUCCAUGUUUGGAAUUAUGUUUACAAUAAAACCUGAUGAAUCACAGCAUAGUUGACUGACAAAAACAAACAAAAAAAUAAAACAAAAACAAAAAACAGCCAGCAUUAUGGAAGACAACUACGGUCUUUCUGAAAUGACCAGAAAGUUUCUUGCUGUCAUCUAAGUGACAGUAACCCUGCUUCUUCAGACAACUUGUUCUUUAACCUGCUGUAAUAUCAUGACCCCAUUGAAAGUACUUUAUCUCCUAUUUUGACAGUUUACUGGAAACUAAUUCACGCUGUUCUUUUCUUGAACAAGCAUAAAAUUCAAAUAAAGGAAAAAAAUACUUGAGGCUUCUGAAAACAGAUGUAUGGCAUCCAGCAAAAUUACUGCACGUUUUUAAAACACACCGAAGAGUCAGCAACAGAACAACUUGCAAAGUCAUUUUAUACUGAAAGCUUCAACUUCCAAACACUGUUGUGGCACUCAAGUACAUGUGCAACUGAGCUUAAAGUUAAAUGUAGGAAUCGGAGAAAGACUUCAGCUGAAAUUCGUCCUCUCCCUUUGAAAUAUUUAUUCGGACAGCAGAAAAAGAAGCAAAAUGAGACAUUGUUUGCUAAAGUCAGCGGCAAAAGAGAUUACAGCAGGUUGGAAGCAGUCUUUAAACUCUUUAAGGAUUACAGUAUUAGCCAAUGCACCCUUUCUCAUUUUAGGUGCAGUGGAUAUGCUAAAGCUUUCAGGGAUUUCAUGCUGGGUUGGAAUUUGUUUCUGUAGCAGGGUGGGACCUCUUCAGGACAGCAAGGAUCUAUUCACACCAACAUGCCUUAGAUGCAGGUCUGCACGAGUAACGAUGGUGCGUGAAUACAGACCCUAGGCAGCUGCUUAUCAAACAAUGAUUCUUCAUUCCCACAAAAAGGGUAAUUUUCUGUAUUAACAGGAUUCUGGGCUGCAAAAACAGCUUACUGAAAGUUUUAAGAUACAUCCUAAGAUUUUUUAAAUGAAAUGAGUACAAGAUAUUGAAUAAAGAUCAGUAUCAAGCUACCUGUGUAGCCACAGUGCAUCUCAGGCAAACACACUGACAGUGGAGUUUAGCUUGGCUAAACCCAACAAGGGCAGAGCCUUGCUCCAAGCUGCCAUUACUGAGAAGAACUUAACCUGCAUUCCUGUUUAAGCAAAGUUUUAACGAAGGUAGGUGGAAGUAAGUUGGUGUGAGAUCAGAUCUUGAAUUUUAGCAAGAUACUUCUAUCUAAUCUGUGGGUAUGCACGUUUCUUCUCCUGAUUUAAGAUAUAAGCAUUACAAAAUUAACUUCAAACUGGCUUAAAUAUAUCACUUCUGACUAUCAUUAGCAUUAAGAAUAUUCUCAACUAGUCCAAUUGUGCCAUUCACACACCGCUUUAUCUGAAAGCGGUGCUUAUUUUUUUUGUGUAGAAAAAAAUAGUAAGUUCCCCAUCACCAGAACAAACUAUUUAUAAGUUCUAAUAAAGCGAUGACACUUACUCUAUGAUGAAAAUAUUUUACUGUGUAUAAUAUUUGGAACUACAAGUUUGUGUUACUUGUUUAACUCCCUCUCUUUUGCAAAAGAAAAACUGUAUGUUUUUGUGGCUGAAUGUGUACUGAAAGACAGAAGGUAAGGGAAACAAAAGUAAUAUAUCUGCUUAUUGUUGUGAAAAAAAUGUAUUUGUAUUAAACAAAUGACCCAAAUUUCUGUAGUAUUCUACAUUUGUCAGUCUGUUUAUAGAGCAUCGCAUACUGAGCAUGUAUUGGCGACACCACACUCUUGCAAGGAAUGUGAACAAUACACUCAGCUGCAUACUCAGUAUUGAUAAACCUGCUGGAUUGGCAGGCCUAGCGUUGGGUACCGCGCCUUGGCAGAAAACACCUCAGAGUACAAAACCACUUGAGAAGAGCUAUGGUUGUUUAACUCGCAGAAGGGAAGAGAUAUAUAAGAACAGGCGUUAAUGACAAAAACAACUUUUUCCAUCCAUAGCAAAACAGACAACUAGUACUGGGUUUCAGCUGCAGCAAGGCCAGGAGGAAGAAAUGUUUCUAAGGAGCAGAGUGCCUUGGACUAAACAGUUAAACGUGACUGUGUAACGUCCAACACUAGAAAUCCUUAAAGAUGGGCUGGACAAACUCUGCAGAGCUAAAUGAUUUAAAGAAUCCUACUUUAGAUUGUCAGAAUGGAUCGGGUGUCCUUUUUAUUAUUUUAGAAUUCUACUGCGUGAGAUUUUUCUCAUAAAAAUCCGACAGAAUAAAUGUUUUUUUUCCUUUUUAUGAAAAGAAUAUUACAAGCGUGCUUUAAAAAGUUAUCUGUGUCGUUUGAGUCAGGAUACUUUCUUUGGUUUCAUACCUAUCUGUCUUGAUAAAUACAAGUUCCAGCCAAACUACAUAGUUUUCUGAAGAGGAUUGUGUCAACCUACCCCUUAUAGCUGUCCUAGAUUGUCAGCUGGGGAGAAAGUGGGCUGAGUUUCAAGUCUUCACUGUUCUAGCUGGAAUAGAUCAUCAAAUGGCUGGAGCCUGCUAAGAAUAUGGUCAAACCACAGGAAAAGUGUUCUAACAGAUUAUAUUCCCUACAUCCAACAGACUGUUCAUUUUGUUAAAUCUGCCCUAACUAGCUUGCCAUUUAAAUCAAAUACAGAUUCAUGAAUCUACAAGAUACAACACAGAAGAAACAGCAUAACUAAAGAAAUUCGAGUAAUAAAAAAUGUAUUUUUGUUAACAUACAAAAAUAAAACCACAUUUAUUUUUAGAAUUCAGGGAACACUGGUGUAAGUCCACUACACCUUUUUGCUUCGCACGUGAGGUAUUUGCAAUCCCUUGAUGAAGAGGGUACCAUUAGAUCGCAAAACACAUUUCUGUUCAGUUCGCUCUCUGCGUACAUAUAAAGAAACAACGCUGUAUUUACUCAUACGUCCCCCCCACCAACUCCAAAUAAAAUACUGAAGUUGUUCUGUACCUCAAAUUGAUCUUGAUCUAAAAGCCAAAACCACACACACAAAAAUACAACAAUCAGCACUAUUAAAAACAAAAAGCAAAGAUGAUGGAAGAUCAAAAUAAUUUUUAAGUAAGUGCGUUAACUAAAUUAGCAAUGGAUAUUUCUUUUAAAGUUGGAGUCCAACAGUUCUGGAUUCUAGACUGUCUUCAUAUACAGUCAUUACAGAGAUGCGUAUGAGUGCUACUCCAAUAAAGACCAAAAACCCACAUACUGUACUCUGUAAGUCUAUUCCUUGAACUACUCAGGAAUGGCUCAGAAAAUGGUUCAUAUAUAUUGCCUUUUGGACUUGUUGCAUCCUGUUGCACACACUGACAUUCCAUAAAGGAUCAGCACGUGCUUUGGUAGCAGAAAAAAGUAAAAAUACAAUAAUGAGCCAGGUUAAGUGCCUAACUGCAUGAUAGCUUUUCCUCAUCAGGCAUGUCUGUAGUCGCACCCCUUUAGAAAUGGCUUUGUGAAGCAGACCAGAAAGCCAUGGUGAACAGGUCCUUUAAUUCAGCCACAUUUGUUUCUGACACUAAAGGAUGGUAAAUUAAUUAAUCCACUGCGUAAAGCCAUCCCUGAGAAGGACAGGUUUUUGUUUUGUCUCUUAAAUCAACAAUUGACAGCUAUUUGCUCAGUGUACAUGAAACAACAUCAGAUUACUGCUGGAAUCAAAGACAGCUGCUUUGUUCCAGCUGACACCAUCAGUAUGAUAAGCUCUAGAAUCAGAGCACAGCUCAGCUGCUGCUGAGAAAGUCUGAAUAUAAUUCAGCCAGCUCCUCAGAGAGGUCUUAGCUCUCCAAGGCUAGCUAGAAUAAAGUAUACCUUCAAAAAAAGCAUACCAG